AUGAGGACGUUCUGCGAACAGCACGCGGACGUCUUCGCAAUCUCUGACAACAAGCCUCAUUGGCUUCUGACAGUGAAGCUGCCCACCGAAGCAGACGCUUCUUCUGAAAGCCUGACAGUUUAUGGGUACCGCAUGCGGUGUUCCUGCAAUUCUGGUGGAGUGGAGGUUUGGAAGCAACGCAACCCAGCGAUGGCCAAGACCGUUCACAAAGGAGGACGAUCGAUGAAAGACUUCUUUGACACAUGCGCCAAGAAGUUUUUCACCGUCGAGAGUACCUCCGGAAUUGUGACGAAGGUCUCUUCAAAGGCCUCCAAGGCAGCCGCCGUCGUCUGUGAUGAUCGGGCAUGCGCUGCAGCCAAUCUUGCCUUGUAUAUCCAGGUCAAGGGUGGCUCGGUCCUUGCAUGCAACAUCCAUGAGUUUUACGCGCAGUUCCCACAGCACAAGCAGGCCAUUGGCAAGCUGAAGAAUUUUUGCGAGGAGCAGAGCGGGCUCCUUCUAUACGAGAAUGUGCCGCACCCUGGCAAGAUCUCCCUUCCCAAGUAUUGCUGCCCUUAUCUUCUGAACGCCUGCUCGCACGAGUCGGGACACAACGGCUACUUGCACAGCCUCCCUCCCUCUGGUGCUGUCCACUGUGGACGAGGCAGUAAGUGCACGGCCGGGCACUGGGAUCAAAUCUUGCUUCAAGCCCGGCCUCCUGAGAAUGGAACAGGAACCCGGCCUGCUCAAAAGAGUCCUAUGCCUCGUCAAGAGGCCUUGGAACCCAGCGACGCGAGCGUCGCCGCAAGCUUGGCCAUACACGUCCGCCGAAAGGGAGGCUCGAUAUCUGGUAGCACCAUUUCUGAAUAUUAUCAGGCGCACCCGUCUCACAAGUCGGCGAUAUCCCAGGCCGGUUUGCGGACUUUUUGUGACCGCUAUGACGGCCUCUUCUUCUUCGAUACCGGGGAGGGAAGUGGUACCUUGUCCUUAAGGUCCUAUUGCUGCCACUUCCUGAGGGGCGAAUGUGUGCACGGCAGCAGCCAUGAUGGGAAGUUGCACUCCAUGCCCUCCGCUCCCUUCCUCUGCUCCUUUGGGCCCAACUGCAACAAGGGCCACUGGAGUCAGCUGGAGCAGCUGGCGGCGCAGCCCCCACCUGUGUCCAGCUCGGGCAAGAAGUUGGCGCUGGCGGCGUUGGCAGUGGAGGACAUCCGAUGGACUCACGACGCCAUCCGUACAAGCUUCCGGGGCGGCAGGCUGCUUAUGGAGACGCUGGCCGAGUUGCUGCAGGGGAAGUUGCAGGCCUCGGACCUCCCGAUGCCGGAGGUGCUGGAGCUGCAUGGCAGCUUCUACGCCAUCGAAGGCAACCGCCGCCUCUGGGUCCUCAAGGAGUUUCAGCACAUCACUGGGCAGGCCCUGACCAUCGAGGUCAAGAGAAGGGCGGACGUCAAAGGAUUCGCGCAGAGCUUCACCUCCAAGAACGGGGGGCAGUGUGUGGAGUUCUACAUCAAGAGCCGAGAGAGGACCUAUCCCAGCAUGGGAUUCGCUCUUGCCGUUAUCUUCGGGCGGCCGCCCAGCGAGGCGGAGAUGGCAGUCGGCCGCGAGCUAGCCAAGGCGCCGGGGAGCAAAGCCACCUGGGAGACCCUUGAGGCGUCGCUGGCUGGGUCCCUCGGAGCCCAGGCUGUCGGGCUGGAGCCGCAGCUUCGCGAACGGCCCUUUCUCUUCCGCCUGACUGCCGGCAGGGUGAGUUUGGCGGACAGCAUGACAGCCUUCGGAGUGCUCACAAGCGCGACUUCAAAGGGCCGGCCCACCACCGAGUACGCCGAAGGCGCCGUGUGGACGGAAGCGGCUGAAAGCCCGCGGAUGAUGUACCAUGACACAGGCUUGGAUGCCGCAGCGCGUCAGCAGGUUGAGGAUCGAUUGAGGGAGGCCAUCCAGGCGCGCGAGGGUUACGCCCCUUUGUCGGAGCUCGAGACAGCGGAUGUAUCACAGGAGACAUUGCUGUCCUUGGUGGCGCAGUCGUCGGAGUUUCGCGUGGCAUCGGUGAAGUCCAGCUACCUCGUCUCCUUGGCUGAUGGCCCCGAGCGCGAUCGGGACCCCCAGAGGGUCGACAUCUCGGAUGGAAAAGACUCGGAGUCCCCCGGCCCCACGGCCGAGCUGACGGAAGUGCUCCGCCAAGCCGGCGGCACGAUGCCUCUGACCGAGCUCGAGUGGACGGAGGCGUGCAUGGCGAGCUUCCCAAGCCUCCACGACAUGACGUCCUUCUUGGAAUCGCAGCCCGAGAGCUUCUCUUUGCGGUGGGAGGGCGCCCAGCGGGUCGUCACUGCUGUCGUUCCCUGUGAGGAGUUGCCACUGCCCCUUGACUGCUGGGAUCCCCAAGGUCUCCGUGGCGGCCACGCUGCUAGAGACGAGCUGGUUCGGCGCAGCCUUGAUUUGCUCCACGGGCGCAUCUUGAUGUUCGUGACGGUUGGACGCGUGCCGUCGUGGAUCGUCUGCAAGCUUGCUGUCUGGCGGGCUGCGGCCCUGCGGCCGACAGCGGGAGCCUGCCAGGCUCCGAUUUUGGGUGGAGGGCCGCGGCGCGAGCCAGAGCCCAGCCUUGCGGGUCCAGCAGGCUCAGGCAUGCGCGCAGUGCCCAAAGAAGAUCUUGCAGCUGCCGGCCGCCACCCUCCCGGUCUGGAGGCCUUGGCCGUGCCACCGGCCAUUCAUGGCCGCUGGGGCAAGCUCGCGGCUAAGCCGGAUGCUGCGUCCCGCGGCCACGCGCAGGGCCUGAGAGGGCUGGACCAGCUAUUUUCCCUGCUCCCUCCGGCCGUGACGUCGAUGGAGCCAGCCCGCUUUGCCGAGCUUCUGCGUGGCUCCGAAGCGCAACGCCUUGUCCUCCAGGUCGGUGAGCCGAUGAAGGUGGCGCAGCGGUCCGGCUGGUUGGAGCAGCCGCGGCUGCCGUCGGCCCCGGUCUCCCAAGAGGAGCUCGAGGGCUUGGCCGCGAGGCUGGGCUGGCAGGCGACAGAGGACGUGCCCGUGUGCUUAGUGCCCGUGAUUGGGACACUGCACCGAGUGAGCUUUGGCGUUUCAGCUGCAAGCAAACUUUGCCUUGCAACCAUCCACAUUGGCCGAAGCCUUCGCAUCACAUCCCCACGCGCGCGCCAGGCGCUGGAAGCCGGCUCCGUGGCCUUCCUUGGACCUGCGAGCAGCGGCAAAACCACGGUCCUCCGGGCCGCGGCGGCUGCGCUGGCGGCGCGGGAGCAGGUCGUGAUUGUGGACUUCCGUGCUGAAAUCGUGGGGGUGGCCGCUGACAAGCGCGAGAUGGGCCUGGAGCAUGCGGGGUAUCUCGUGCCGCAGCCUGGGUACCAGGAGGAUGAAGUGAUCCUCCGCGCCAUUGAGGAGCAUGCACCGGAGGUUCUCGUGGCAGAGUUUUCGGCGCCGGCCGCCGCACUUUCAGCGGCCCGGCACUGUGCGGAGGCUGGCGUGCGCCUGCUUUGCAGCCUCCGCUGCACACUGCAGGCCUUGGUGGUGGGCGAGGGGCCCGUCUGCGAGGGCUUCCCAUUCGCCUCCCUGGUGGUGCUGUCCAGGAAGGAGCUGGGCUCCUGGCGCAUGUACCGGGAGGCGGCGGCGGCGGUCUGCUCGCUGGCGCCGGGGCGCAUGGCACAGUGUGGCAUGCAUCCGACACAGUCUGGGAAUUGCACGCCGGAGAUCCUUGUACAAACCAUGGCCUGA